AUGCCCGAACCGAACUUUGCACGGGGAGGUGACGUGCCGCCCGAGAAGCGGCUUUGGUACAUCAAAGGUGCUGUGGUCGGCUCAGACAUGUCUUCAGUUUUUGACGAGUUCGACCCGGGUGCGUUUCAGUACACACUCUUGGAAGAAUAUCCUCUGCCGUUGCCAGCAGCAGAUGAAGACGAUCCCCUGGAUGUUUUGAGGACUAGCGUCUUCCGUUGGGCCAAAGACAGGGGUCGAAAACUUGGCGUCUUCCGAUCGCCCCAAUGGCCGUCCAAAGGCUAUGUCUUGGUUGGGAAGUGUGUAAAGCACACCGAUUGCCAUGCAGGCAAGGGCCGUCACUUUAAGUUCCAUGGUGGCCAGGCAGAGAAUCUGCGAACCUACAUUCUUUCGGUUUGGACCAGUGGCACAUGCUCGGGAAAAGAGCGUGUGCUACGUCCAACAGUGGCUUGUGGUACUGGUCCGACUCACCAGGACCGCGAGGAUGUUCUGCAGAUUGCCGACCAGUUGCUAGCACGCAACGUGCCCUGCACCCCUACCAACGUGGCGGCCCAGCUGAAACGCUUGAUUGAGCCAAAGCACAUCGCUGCCAGCUUGAGACAGCGAAGGCGACAGUUUGGAGCGAACACGUCGGAGUGGCUAGCCAGCAUUCCUGAGUUCGAGGCUUGGGCUGUUGCAAGCAGCAAUGACUACGAAGCUGAUCUUCGUGUUGCGCGAUAUGAAAUCCGCCCAGAGGUGCGGUGGGUCCUGCUGGUGCGUCCGUUUUGGGAGAAGCUAGAGGAACUUCUUCCAGAACCCCUGCUGGAUGUGGCGACCUGGCUUGACUUGGUGGCGAAGGUCUUUCUGGCCACUUAUCCUGGCCAUGUGGCGUACCAGGAGGUCGUGGACGUUUUUCGUGAAGAGCUUCACAGACGUGGCAUGGCGCCACCGAAGCAGCUGCACACAGACUGGUUUCCAGGCUUUCCCGCAAUCGUUCGAGCCAGCCUACCAGGCUGCCGACUGCGGCAAGGGAUUGAGCAUGCCAGACGUGCCAUAAGGCGCAACCACAACAGCGGCACUGCGCAGGCUCGCGGUGUGCAACGGAGACGGCGAAGCAGGGCUGCUCGGGGACGUGGACAAGGGGGCGGCGGGCGACGGCGUGGUGUGGCGGCUGAGCAGCCGCUCCCCAUUGAGCAGGGCCCAGAACGUGCCAUUCCGCCUCACCUGACUUCGCGCCCCAUUGGCGUUUUCCUCCGCUUUGUCUCCGAGAGCAUGUUUUUACCGACCAUGCUCUCCUUUCACCUCUUUUGGAAGGUCACGCGAAGGAGAAUGGAGCACUGGCCAGACCCGCAGUUUGCGAAUUACUUCUUUCAACGCUACAUCAAGGAGGAGCUGUUCCAGGUGGCAGGGAGAUCCUUGCCAGGACUUCCUGCGUCGCAACAGACGGCGGAGCAAGCGCUCAGGCGAACUGUGCGGAUUUGGUCCCAGCCACUGACGGCGGAGCUUGCCAAGUGCGACAAGGGUCGCCGCUUCCGGGUGACUGUUGUCAAAGAACUCAUGCCCCUAGUUUGGACUUUGAUGGCAACUCCUGGCGGGCUUCAUUUGCAACGACCACAGACGCCGGACCCUUGGAUGUUGGCUGACGGUCAAACGAUUCGACGCCCGGGAGGGUUGCAGACCUACUUUCCCAGCAUUCACACCAUUAUUGCCAAGAGCAAAGUCCGUCAAGGCAUUUCAAUUCAGCAUUUGGACAUGGCCAACAAGACGUUUUUGGCCAUGGCGGUGGGCAAGCCAGUGGCAGUGCCUCAUGGGCACGCUUGCAAGUUGUAUGACCUCCUGGGUCAACAGACUGAGGCGCAGCCUCUGACGGAAAGACAGUUCUGCUCAAAGAUGUCGAAGACAGUGCUCCAACCCGGAUGCAUCUGA